UCUCGAACUCUCGAAGCUUCUAUCCCGGAGCUAGGGUUAGGGUCUCCGAGCCUCCGACCUUGCGAUUCCUCCCCGUCGGCAGCCAUGUCCGGGCGCGAGGUCCGCGAGUACACUAACCUCAGCGAUCCGAAAGAUAGGAAGUGGGGGAAGGGGAAGGACAAGAUUGAUGAUGAGGAUAUCACCUUCCAGCGCAUGGUUGCAAAGGGAUUUUGGCUCUCUACUUGGCGGUUGAUAAUGACAGAUGCAGGAGGUUGCUGGUGAGCGUGGAGGCUACCUUCAUGGGCGAGGAGCAUUGGACAGUGAUGAUUUGUUGUACCUAAAAGAGCAAAUGGAAGCUGAGGAAGAUGCGGAGCGGCUUCUUCGCCGUACUGAGAAGCGUGCAUUUGCUGCAUUUAAGAAAGCAGCAAUUUUGGCUGAUUCUACACCUGUUGUUCCUGUGGCUCUCCGAGUUGAACCUAAACCUAAAAGUGAUAUCAGGCAACAGGAUCUCUUGAAGAAUAUUGUCGGGAUCAAACCAAAACGGCCAAAAGUUAGCAGCCCUUCGCAACCAGCAGAUAGCGAUAAACCUAAGCACAACACAGAAGAUACCGUCAAAGAAUCAUCAUCCCAGAGUCCAUCAGGAUCUAGGAAGGAAUCAUCUCCGGGAGUUGCCAGUUUUGGGCAGCCUUUGUUGAAACCAGUUGAAACGAGCGAGGCCAAGCCAACGAAUGCAACUGGAAGCCUGCUUGGUUUGGCCUACGAAAGUUCUGAUGAAGAAUGAUCAUUGGUGGAGGGAAAGCAGAACGUUGUGUAGAUUGUAUAUUAGGUGUUGUGCAUCACUUGCUGCCUUGCUGGAGUACAUGUUUUGUACCUGGAUUUGUUGAAAAGAUGCUUAACGUUGUUUUUAACAUUUUUCAUAUCUAGACUAAAGGUUCAAAUCCACAAGCUUCUAGCACUCAUUUUGUUUCGAUUGAACACAUUCCAGUUUUCCAACCAAUGUACAGUUAACCCCUCCCCAACAAAAUAUAGUAGUAUUAGUUUAUGCAUGGAAAGUUGAGCACGAUUACACUGUGGCCCUUUUCUAUUGAUUAUGAU